AUGGCCGAAGCCUACACCGGCGACAGAUCCUCCUACCACUACCAAUACUCCAUCCCCGUCGCCCAACACGGCGCCGACGUCUCCGGCUACUUCGGCCCCGCAGCACCCACCCAAGGCCCCGAAUUCGAGCGCGCCUUCAUGUCCAUCUGGGGCCAAUUCGUCGUAAACUCCAACCCUUCGAUCCCCUCAAACAUUGCCGGUGCUGGUGGCCAAGCUGCUGUCAAUUACCCUCGCUUCAAUGUCUGGAAUCCUGUGCAGGUUAAUCUUAAUCAGACUGGUGGACAUGAGGUUUAUGGCCCUAUUGGGGUGAAUGGUAUUAAUGCUACUGUUUAUCAGGGGCCUGGUUUGACGAAUGACUUUGAGGUUGUUAAUGCGUAUGAUUGGGAGGGAGGAAGGGGUUAUAGAUGUGAUUUCUGGCGGGCCGUAGCGAAAAUCGUCCCUGAGUAG